AUGGAGACUGUGCGACGACUUGGCCAACAUGUCUCUGGCAAGAAGCUAGGUCUUGCACAUGAAGCCGGCCUAGCUAGGACAGUCAGCAGUGAAGCCAAACUUGCAGAUCUGGGCUAUGAGCAAGGCAUGCUCGGUUUCUCCUUCAGCAUCGUCACCUGCUGGACUGCCCUCGCAGGUGUACUCAUUGUCGGCAUCACAUCUGGUGGUCCACCUGUUAUGGUGUGGUCCUGGAUUGCUAUCUCAAUCUGCUCACUUUUUGUCGCCUACUCCUUUGCCGAGAUGUGCUCUGCUUACCCUAUCGCGGGUGGGCAAUACUCGUGGGUCGCUAUCCUUGCACCGAAGUCGAUUGCAAGGAGUAUGAGCUACGUGACAGGCUGGUUCAUGAUCACUGGCAUCGUUGCGAUGGGGGCAACGAACAACUUCAUCGCGGCAAAUUUUGUGCUUGGCAUGGUUGUGCUAAACAACCCGGACUACGUGAUAGAGCGAUGGCACACAGUCUUACUCACCUACCUGAUCGCAAUGCUCGCCGCUGCAUCGAACCUCACCCUGUCAAGGUUUUUCGAAAGGUUGAGCACUGGCAUACUAGUAUGGAAUGUCUGUUCCUUCUUCAUUGUGAUCAUUACCAUCCUUGCGACGAAUGAAAACAAGCAGAGUGCCAGCUUCGUCUUCACAGAGUUUCAAAAUGAUACUGGUUUCGCUAGUGGUGGCAUGGCCGUCAUGAUUGGUCUGCUUCAAUCGUUCUUUGGAAUGUGCUGUUACGACGCACCGACCCACAUGACGGAAGAGAUGCUGAAUCCUUCUGUGGAAGCGCCUCGAGUGAUAGUCAUGUCGGUUUAUUUAGGAGCUAUUACCGGAUUUAUCUUCCUGGUUUCGGCAUUUUUUUGCACGAGCGAUAUUGAGUCAGUUGCAGGGACGGCCACUGGUGUACCAGUUCUCCAGAUCUUCGCAGACAGCACAGGCAAUAUAGGUGCAGCGACCUUCCUCGGAUCGCUGAUAGCAGUCAUUGUACUAGUCUGCGCCAACAGCCUGAUGGCGGAAGGUUCACGAUCUUUGUACGCUUUCGCUCGCGAUCACGGCCUACCCUUUAGCAAGAUCAUCAGCAGUGUCAACAAGAAGCGUGCUGUGCCCGUCUUUGCCAUCCUACUCUGCACGGCUGCUCAAAUGGUUUUGAACAGUCUCUACUUCGCUUCCUAUGAAGGUUUCAGUACUGUCAUUAGCAUCUCGACCUUCAGCUUUUACCUUAGCUACGGCAUGCCACUACUUGCGCGCUUACUUAACCUCAAGACUCAUAGACUGAUCGCCGGCACAGCAUACAGUCUUGGCAAAUAUGGUCCCUGGCUAAAUGCUGCUGGAUUACUGUUCUUGUUUUUCGCUGGAAUCGAUUUCAACUUUCCGCAGGUUGGGCCUGUGACAGCAGAUAACAUGAAUUAUUGUUCAGCAGCAUUUGGUGUGAUCGGUACAAUCGCGGUGGUGACUUGGUUUGGGGGUGCGAGAAAGAGAUUUACAGGACCGGAUGUGCAAACGCAAGGACAAUCUGUGCAAAUGGCCUUCGAAGAUCAGGUUAUGACAAGUGACAACGAAGUAGAGAAGAGUCGAAGCGUUAUUGGCUCGGAAGAAGAAAAGAAAGCAUAG